AGAGACUUCCGCUAGUCUUGCUAAGAGACAGCCUUUUGAUUUUGGGGGUCGGUUAGCCGCGUUAGCUUCUGUUUGCUAUGUGUGAGCUACUCUCUGCUGCAGCAAUGUCUCUGUCUCAGUCUCUGAGAGACUUUAUCAGGGAGCGACUGACUGCCGCUGCCGAGGAAAUAUUCACGGAGUUUGAUAAAACCAUCGUCCAGUACGAGGAAGAGCUGGACCGCCAGCGGAGGCUGCUGGAAAUCUGCUGGAACCCCGAAAUAAACCGAAAGAGAAUAGACUCUCCGCAGCAUUAUGACUGGAGCGGGGAAGAGUUUCUCAAUAACCAGCAGUUCUGCAGCCAGGAGAGGAGCUCCAAUUUACCCCAGAAGGAAGUCGAUCCUCUGCAAGCGAAAGGAAAUCAGGGUGAAUUUGAAACUCAGGAGAUCAACGAGGAACAGGAGAGAACAGAACCGCAGAUGAAAGCAGCCAAUCAGGAAGAAACAGAACAUCCACAGGUAAAGGUAGAGCAGGAGGAACUCUGUGUCAGCCCAGAGAAAGAGCCUCAGGUCUUGAGGCAGGAGACUGAUAUCUUUGACGAAGACCUUACUUAUGAAGAAAGAGACGAUGUGGAAGAGCAACCAAGUCGGGACCCAAUCCAGAUCCCUUCAGAACUUGAGAACCAGAACCAAGAAAAUAGCAUUGACGAGGACCCGGAGUCCAGCAGAGAUGAAGAACUGAGACAAAGUAAGCGGGGUUGGGAAAGCAGAAGACAUGGUGAACACCAAGACAGUCCAAGGGUAAAAAGACAGAAGAAAACAAACAACGAGAAACUGCCAGGUAACGUUUCAUCUCCGGGUUAUAUGACUGAUCAUAUGAGAAUUCACACAGGUGAGGAGCCUUUUUGCUGUGUGACCUGUGAUAAAAGGUUCCCCAGUAGAAAAACUUUAGCUCAGCAUAUUACAACUCACACAAACGAGAAGUCGUUCACAUGUAUCAUCUGUGGAAGAAGUUUCCAUCGAAUAAGUAAUUUGACCGUUCACAUGAGAAUCCACACGGGUGAGAAACCUUUCUCAUGUAUGAUCUGUAAAUCGAGUUUCAACCGGCGCUGCACUUUGACCGUUCAUAUGAGAACUCACACAGGUGAAAAGCCCUUCUCAUGCAAGAUUUGCGAAAAAAGGUUCACCAGACGAUUCUUACUGAACAAGCACAUUAAACUGCACACAGACGAGUCCUUUCUCAUGUACAAUUAAAGUGAAGAAAAAAGCUAAAAUAAUAAUGAUAGCAUCUAGGCUAGCGCUCUCAUGGUGACUUACACAGUAACAUACUCUGUGCAGUGUAAAAAAAAAAAAUUAAAAAAAUUAAAUUAGCAAAAACAUUAAAAAAAUAAUGCAGUCUGCAAUCCAGCUUCAAAGCAAAAAUUUUUGCUUAUAUGUUGAAGAACAUAAAGAGAAAAAUUAAUUUUAGCUCAUUUUUAGCUGCAGAGAAGCUCAUAUACUGACAUUGGCUGACGUGUAUUAUAGAUCGUGCUAAAGGCUGUGGGUCACUACCAUGUUUCAUAACGUUAAAUUGUUCCAUCUAGUGUUUCAAAUGUUAGCUAAAAAGCUAAUGUUAGAUGAAAUGCUGUCAGCAGCAUGCUGACUUUGACUAGCAUGUUGUUUAACAUUAACUAGACGUAGUAGGUAUUUAGUAAAUGCAGUCAAAGUGAUUUUAGCCCUCAUGCCAUUACCCGCAUGUUGACUACGUAAGUUCAUUCAUGUACUAUGCAAAUAGCAAUGUACCAGCUAAAAGUGUAUGAAGAGCAGAUUUUUAUUUGGCAAAUGCCAACAUCAGCAAGAGGAUGUUGACAAGGGGCUGCAUGGAACGUAAUGUCCUGACGGAGCAGGAUAUGGUGAUAGUUGAAAGAUCACAAAGUGUGCAGAAGUGGAAAAAAGUGUACGGAAAAAAGACGAGAAACUCAAGAGUGUGAAUAGUGUGAAACUGUAUUUACACGAACGAAAGUUGUCAAGCAGGUAUAACACAAAGUGUGUCAGCAGUUCUCUUUUUAUUUUUCUCCACUUGGUGUAAAACAUUUUCUAAAUGACUUGCAAAAUUAUUAAGUUCUUUUGUCCUUAUAAACUGUAAUUAUCUUUUAUGUUUUCGGAUUAGAAAAUGAACAAUGUUAUGGUUAGUGAUCAGUAAGGUUCAUGAAGUGUGAAGUAAUGUGUUAAAUGUGGUUUUAUUUUGGAUGUGUUUUUUUUUCCAUUUGUCUAUAGUAAAAUAAAAACUAU